AAAAAAAGUAAAUAAAACAUGUCGCUAAUUAAAAAUUUGGUAAAAGAAACGGAGGACAAACCCAAAAAGAAAAAGAAAGGCGCCGGGUCUGGGGACAGCGAUUCCGAUGGCAAGGGAGGGCCACUGCGACCUUUUGUCAAGACGGCCACCGAUCUGCAGAGGCUAAAAUUGGAAAAACUAAUGAAGCAUCCAGAGAAGCCCGUAAUCAUACCAGAGCAGCGUCGCGAACGGGACUACAAUGCGUCGGUGCCAACAUUUGUGCGAAACGUAAUGGGCAGCAGUGCCGGAGCUGGAUCCGGCGAGUUCCAUGUUUAUCGGCAUCUACGUAGGAAGGAAUAUGCCCGCCAGAAAAAUAUACAGCAUCAAAGUGCCCGCGAGGCAGCGGACGAUGCAUACCAACAGAAAAUAGAUGACAACCGGCGACUGGCCGAGGAGCGCACAGCCAAAAAGAGGGCCAAGAGGCUCAAGAAGAAACAGCGAGCCAAGAAGCCACGAGAACAAAAGACAGACGUAGCAAAACCGGAAUCAGAGUCCAGUGGAAGUGCGUCGGAAGGGGAAGAAGAUGCUGAGGAGAAGCCAGAAACGGCAGAUCCACAGCCUGAGACGGCAGACCCGAAGCUAGAUUCGGCAGAUCCGAAACCAGAGACCACAGAAUCGAAUCCAGAGACAGCAGACCCUAAGCCAGAAGUCAACAUCGAUGAAGUCCAACAACGUCCUGAAGAAGUCUGCUGUGGACCACCAGAGAAAGUGGAUUCUCAGAAUGAUGCUGAACCUGAAAAAAACGAGACCUGAAUUGAUUAUCUCUAGCCUAAGGUUUCCUCUCUGAGCCAAUACAUUUUCUAGUUUACUAAUAAAACAAA